AUGUUGGGUGGUUAUCACAGUUACCCCAAAGCACUCGACUCUGCUGCUGCAAUUGCAGUUGCAGACCAUUUUUUGAAACUAUAUCAGAUAACAGUACUGGAACAUCUUGUCCAAAAGUCAUUUGAGAGGCAGAAUAUAAAGUGGUCGCACCAGACGCGUGAAGUGAGAGAAAGCCAAAUUUUGGGAAUUAAUGCACCUAAUGGGCAUAACCUUUCUGUAGACACAGAGUAUGCAUCUCAAGCAGCUCUAUGGGGUAUAGAGGGUUUGCCAGACCUAGGUGAAAUUUAUCCUUUGGGAGGUUCUGCAGACAGGCUUGGUUUGGUUGAUCCGAAGACAGGUGAAUGCCUUCCUGCAGCAAUGCUGCCAUAUUGUGGAAGGACUUUGUUGGAAGGUCUUAUAAGAGAUCUUCAGGCUAGAGAGUUCUUGUACUUCAAGUUAUAUAAGAAACAAUGCAUCACACCCGUUGCAAUUAUGACGAGUUCUGCAAAGAACAACCAUAAACACGUCAGUUCUCUGUGUGAAAGACUUUCAUGGUUUGGGAGAGGUCGAUCAACUUUCCAACUUUUUGAGCAGCCUCUUGUUCCAGUUGUUGGUGCAGAAGAAGGUCAGUGGCUGGUCACCAAACCAUUCAGUCCCUUGAGCAAGCCUGGUGGUCAUGGUGUCAUAUGGAAACUUGCUCAUGACAAAGGCAUCUUCAAAUGGUUUUAUUCUCAAGGAAGAAAAGGUGCAACCCUGCGCCAAGUCAGUAACGUCGUGGCAGCUACAGAUUUAACCCUCCUAGCCUUAGCAGGGAUAGGUUUACGUCAAGGAAAGAAACUCGGAUUUGCAUCUUGUAAACGGACUUCAGGUGCCACAGAAGGAAUUAAUGUGCUGAUGGAGAAGAAAAGUCUUGAUGGUAACUGGGAAUAUGGGGUGUCUUGUAUUGAAUACACCGAGUUUGACAAAUAUGGAAUUACUACAGGACCUCUUGCUCCAGAAAGUUUGCAGGAAGAGUUCCCAGCCAAUACAAACAUCUUAUAUGUUGAUUUACCUUCUGCGGAGCUAGUUGGAUCAAGUAAGAGUGGAAAUAGUUUACCUGGAAUGGUGCUAAAUACUAGAAAGACAAUAGUUUACACAGAUCAGUUUGGUAGAUGUCAUAGCGUCUCUGGUGGUAGACUUGAGUGCACAAUGCAAAAUAUAGCUGACAAUUAUUUCAAUUCAUAUUCAUCUAGAUGUUAUAAUGAUGUGGAAGAUAAGCUAGAUACUUUUAUUGUAUAUAAUGAAAGAAGGAGGGUUACCUCCUCCGCUAAGAAAAAAAGAAGGCACGGAGACAAGUCUUUACACCAGACACCUGAUGGUGCUCUGUUGGAUAUCUUACGAAAUGCUCACGAUCUUCUUUCACAAUGUGAUAUAAGACUUCCUGAGGUUGAAGCUAAUGAGAACUAUGUGGAUUCAGGACCACCAUUUCUCAUCCUUCUGCAUCCUGCUCUUGGUCCUCUUUGGGAAGUCACUAAGCAAAAGUUUUAUGGUGGUUCCGUAUCAGAGGGCUCUGAGUUAAAAAUAGAGGUUGCAGAGUUUUUUUGGAGGAAUGUUCAGCUAAACGGAAGCUUGAUCAUAUUAGCUGAGAAUGUUUUGGGCUCAACGGAGAUUAAUGAGAGAGGUGAAUCCAUACUACAUUAUGGGCGAAGGUGUGGAAGAUGUAAAUUGCAAAACGUCAAGGUAUUUAACAAGGGAAUUGAUUGGAAUUGUUGUCAAAACAUAUACUGGAAACAUGAUGUGCAGCGUUCUGAGGUGCUGCAAAUCAUACUGCAUGGAAAUGCUGAAUUUGAGGCUUCUGAUGUUGUGUUACAGGGAAAUCAUGUGUUCGAAGUUCCAGAUGGCCACAGACUGAAAAUCGUGCCAGGAAGCUCAGGUUUAGCAAUCCAGUUAGAUCCAAUUAAUCAAGAUAUGAUGGAGAGUGGAAGCUGGUACUGGAAUUACAAGGUAGAAGGUUCUCACAUUCGGCUAGAUUUAAUAGAAUCAUAA